AUGAGCAAAGGAAGCCGAAUCUUUGGUCCGGAGCGGGCGCGCCGUGGUGAUACGGCCGGUGACACGCAGCAUCAGCCCUUGGACAGCCUGUGGGACGAGAAUGCGGACAAGUACAAGUGCUGCUGCCGCACGUUGCACGUCACUCGGGCCACACUCUACAUCGCCUAUGCACAGAUGGUGCUCACAUCCGUGUUCUCGCUCUUCUUCACAUUCUACUACGUACAGGCAGUAAGUGGACGUUUGGAGCCGGAUCACUGGAUCAAUCAACUGGGCGAGAGAUACAUUUUUUACAUUUCAGCAUCACUUCUUUUUGCGGUCACUUUACAGCUGCUUCUCGUCCUCCUGCUUGUUCACGGAUUACGCACUGAACGUCGCUCCUUCUUGCUUCCGUUCAUUGUAUUCGCAUCAAUUGCAAUUCUCCUCGGCUUUGCACAGGUUUUUUUAAAUCUCCUGUUUUAUUUUUUUCCAUUUUCCAGCACUUGA